CACCAGCACCGUCGACACAACAUGCUCGCCUUUUUCAACGCGCUCGUGAAGAACCUCGUGCCGUCGACGUCGGACGCGCCGGUGAUGCUGAUCGACGUUGAAGAAGUCGCUGCCUGCCCCGCCUCGUACGAGGCCAUGAAGGCGCCGACCUGGGACGACAAGCGCCAGACGUGCGCCAACUGCAAGCACGUCUUUCUCAAGGCGCUCAGCCCCGCUGAAAACUACUGCUCGGUCGACUGCAAGUCGAACGCAGUGUACCUCGAGGGCAUCCAGCGCGCAAUCCAGGCAAUGAAGAACGCCGUGGCGUCGACCGACGAGCCGGUCAAGGCCCCCGUCGACGUUGUCGCGCCCCUGCACGAGAUGCAGCUCCGCCCGGUCGCGCUCGGCGAAGCCCACACCUUUGCUGAGUACCAUACCGAGAAGCUCGCGGGCAAGAACGUUGAAUGGUCCUUCAGCGCCUUGUACUAAAACUCGCGCAGACACACACGCACCUAACUUAUCCGCCAACACGCCACUUAUUUAUCAUGGAAACAGUCUUGCACGUU